CCAGAAAUACACCAUUCCACACCGGAUCAUCAUCACCAUUUUCUCAUACAUCAACCAAGCUCAAGAUACUCCACGUUAUUCAACCCAUCUUACUCUCUACAACUCACCUUCAGUUUCCAACCCAGACAUAGCCAAAAUAAACCAAACCAGAUGUGUAAAGGCGAACAACAAGUUUUUGCUAAAUGCAACCACCAGCGCGACAUUAUCAUCAAACAUCAAUGUUCCAAACGUGCCGGCACUGACAACUUCUGCAGGUUCUUCAAAGGAGACUUUAGGGUUGUGAAGAUCGACAAGCCGUCCCUGUGCGAGGAGUGCUUUAGGAAAGAAGAGGAAAAGAUCUACGAAAAGACUGACAAGUACAAGGGUAAAGUCCAGGCGGUCAAGUCAAAGCCACCCAAGGAUUUGAAUAUCUUUGACAUUUGGGGUUAUGCGUAUGCCAAUGACAAGGCCAAGAACCACAAUGGCAAUCUUGAGAAGUUCUACGAUGCUCAGGGCGGACGCUGGACGGGGCCAGGAAUUAAGUCAUAUAUAAGAGGGGGUUUGGACAAUAGCAAUGUAUCAGAGCAAGAGAUGAGCAAGACGAGAGAAUGA